AUGAGUGAUCAAGAAUGUAAUGAUACGACAAAGGAAGAUAUUUACCCCGUCGCUGAAUGCCGCGCGUGCCUGCAAGUCUUGUAUUCCGAUUCCAAUUUAAUAAAUAUAUUUGAACCAUGGACGCCACCGUGGGAUGGGAUGGAGAAUACUAUAGCCGAAGAUUUAGUGAAACUUACUAAUAUACAAAUAUCAGAAACCGAUAAGCAUUCGAAAUUCAUAUGUGAGACAUGCUAUCAAGUUCUGCUUGGGGCAUGCCAUUUCACAGCUUGUGUUAGGAAAAGUUAUCAAAUUUUACUCGAACGCUAUCCUUGUGAGUCUCAAAUAGAUGUAAAUGACAAAGUGUGGCCUAAACCAAUACAAGUAGACAAGACUGUACACAGCUCAAUGUACCAAAACCCUGUAGACAUAGAAAUCAAACAGGAAGCUUUAUCUGAUGAAGAAUAUAGUCAUGCUACAGAGACAUAUGAUGAAGGGAAGGAUAAUCUAGCAAAUUUAGACAUUAAGAUUGAACCUGAGGAAAUACAGAUUCAGAAUAUUCAAAUAAAUGUUAACGGCACUAUAGUAGAGGAGCAACUUAAUUGUGAUUCAUCAUCAGAACACAUAACUAAUGGAAAUAGUACAAUGGAUGAUAAUGAGUUAAGGGAUUCAGUAAAGGAAGAGCCCCUAACAGAUGACGAUGAAAACGACAAUUUAGCUUCAGAUCUGCCUCUUGAAUGUCUACUUUGUUCUAAAUCAUUUAACAGUGUUACUGGACUAAAGGCCCACGUGAUCGCACAACAUUCCUAUAAAUCAGUGAAACGGAAGUCUGACAGUGUGUCGCCGCAGAAGAAAAAAUGUAAUUAUAUCUGUGCUAUAUGUAGAAGACGUUUUUCAACAUCAACGGAUCUAAUGGUUCAUGAAACCUGUCAUAAUAAGAGCGUGUGUUACGGUUGUAAUCAGAGUUUCGAUACGUUCGCACAAUUGACUGUACACAGAAGAACGUGUAAGGCUGUAGCCAGUCGGAUGAAACAUAAGACUUUGGAUGAUGUUUUAAGGCCUCAAACCCAAGUUAAACAGCCAAAAAAGAUGAGAAAAAAGGAAUUGCACUGUGCAGAGUGUAAUGAAACAUUUAGUGAUGUUUACUACAAGAGGAUUCAUGAAGAAAUACAGCAUAGUUUAACAAGUGAAGAUGUUAAAAAGAAGGUUGAAUCAAUGGAGGUUGAUAUACCUGGUAGGAUAUUAACAAGAAAUAAACGAAAAGAAGGCUACAAACAAUAG